AUGCCUAUCCACUCCUUGACCUUCUCUACGCGACACUUACCAAACAUGGUCCGUGUGCUCAUCACCGGCUCCGCUGACGGCCUGGGUCUCGAGGCCGCACGCCAACUAGUAAAACGCGGCCACACCGUCUACCUGCACGCGCGCAACGAGAAACGCGCAGCUGAUGCGAAAGCCGCCUGUCCUGGUGCUGCUGGUGUACUGACCGCUGAUUUAUCCAAUGUGGCUGAAAACCGCAGGCUCGCCGAAGAAGCCAACGCGAUCGGCCAAUUUGAUGCCGUCAUCCUCAACGCCGGCAUGCUAUCCGGGCCGUUCCGGAAGACCUCGGACACCGGUAUCCCCAGCAUGGUGUUUGUCAAUGUUGUUGCACCAUAUAUUCUGACCUGCUUGUUGCGUCGUCCCAAGCGACUCGUAUACAUCUCUUCGCAGUUGCACCGCCAAGGUGACACUAGUCUGGAGGACAUCUUCUGGCUCAAGCGCGGCGAAGCAAGAUUCCGGGAUUUCCCGGCGUACUGUGACUCGAAGUUGCAUGUUCUCUUGCUUGCAAAUGCUGUAGCAAGAAGGUUUAAAGAUACCUCCGUGGUCAGCGUACACCCAGGCUGGGACGGGGUGGAAACGUAUGUGAUGUUGGCAGAGGGGGGUUACAACCAAAGCCUGACCGGAAAGUACUUUGAACCGAAGAGAAAACUUGGACGUCCGUUGCCAAUUUCAGAGGAAAUCAACUUACAGGAGAAGGUGGUCAAGGCUUGUGAGGAGGUGACUGGUCUGAAACUUCGUGCUUAA